AUGGACGCCCAUGUCACCAGCAGCUCGUCGUCGCGGGACCCGUUUGACCUUGAAAGGCUUGCUAAUGAACUCGCUGUUCGAGAGCAGGUUUUUGGACCAACCGACGAGGAUCUGGCCAAGGAUGUUGGUAUAGCAUCCCACGACUUUCCGCUAUACGCACCACUCUCGCACUCCAAUCCUUUCUUCUCGUCCGAGACAUUCAAUGUCGAAGAAUUUCUGUUGUCACGCUCUCACACAUCCCUGCCUGACCUACGCUCAGAACUUCGGGACUAUCUGGCCGCGCUGAAGGAGGAACUCGUCAUGCUCAUUAAUGAUGACUAUGAAGCAUUCAUCAGUUUGAGCACUGACUUGAAGGGAGAGGGUGUCAGGCUGGAGAGGAUGCAAUCUCCUCUAGGAGACUUGAAAGCUCAUAUACUUGAGUCCAGACGUGAACUGCAGCUUAUUCAGGAGGCGAUCCACACGAAGCUGAGGAAACGGUCUGUUCUGCGUGAUGAGAAGGCUUUCCUUCACCUCCUACUCAAAAUAUCCGAAUCCGUCUCUCGCUUGGAGUCCUUGCUUGUUAUAACCUCCCCUGAGGGCACGACAUCUUCACCGGACAUCCAAUCAAUGUCCCUCAUCAAAUCUCCCGACGCAGAGGGUCUUGAUGGUACACGGGGCAACCGCGCAAAGCACUUGGGAAGAGUGGCCGCUGAGUACACCCAGCUUCUGUACCAUGUCAAUAAGGCCCAGAAGGACCACAAGUCUGCCUUCAUCGAAGAGUCACAAUGGCGCAUUGACCGUAUCAAGUCUACGCUGUCAUCGGACCUCGACCAUCUGUUUGCGAGCACAUUACAUUCUGUGACGAAAGAGGGCAGGCUGAACGAGGUGGAGAAGUCUAAGCAUAUGGCGGAUCUCGCAGAAUGUCUGCGCACAUACGACGUAUUGUGUCUUUGGCGGGAUGCCGAGGAUGUGCUCAGACGAGAAGUCAUACGGGAGUUUGUCAAGAAAACUAUAUUUCCAGCUGCUCUUUCCACCCCUCGCUCCCCUCUUGUCCCUCAUACUCCAUUCCCUGUUCGUGGUGUUGUCGCGCCUGCGCCCAACACCGCAUCAUAUCCCAUGCGCACUCCAUAUACACCCUUCACCGCCUUCGCCUCGAAAUCCAACCCAUUCGAAUCGCAACAGCAUCCUACAGCGCAUCUACUCGAUGACACGGAGAAUCCCCUCGCAGGGCUGUAUAACACUAUACUUAAGUUUGUUGACCGCGACUUGAAGCGGGUUAUGGAAUUGGCGGAUAAAGUGAGUAUGGUCAAGAAGAGCUCAAAGGCAAACGCUCUGCUACAGGAGAGGACAGACGGUACGAAGAGCAUCACAAGGGAGGGCCAGGGCUAUGAGAUAUUGGCAAAUGUUGUGUGGGCUGAAAUUGGGAGAGCCAUUAUGGAUGAGUUGGGAAGUACUGUAUUCGCUGCAGGAAAACCAGACGAGUUUCGCAAGAACCAUGAAACCACACAGGCGUUCCUGCGAGGGCUACAAUAUCUGGCUCCUUCCGCUCAUUCAGUGGAGGCUAUGACCGCACAUCCGGUAUAUCUUGCCUUCGAACGUCGAUGGCAAUUACCUGUAUAUUUCCAACUACGAUGGCAAGAAAUCGUGGCAAGGUUGGAAGAGGCGCUUUCCACCUCGAAGAUCGAGCCUAGUUCUGGUAAAGAAAACCAACCGUUCGUUACUUCACAAUCGGUCGCUGUAUGGACAGCGAUCACUACGUGCUGGAGUGCAGAGGUCUACAUUCCUGAGCUGAGUCAUCGAUUGUGGAAGUUGACUUUACAGUUGCUGAGCAGAUAUCGGACAUGGCUGGAAAACACUCUGCCUCGGCUCGAUCCUCCUUCAAAAUUCAUAACAGCCGAGAAGCAAACGUUCACACCGGGAGCUACACCACCUACCAUCACGCGAGCUUCCACCCCUGUCCCUGCAGGCGAGGCAAGCUCGGCCGAGAACGUUGCGGCGGACGAAGCAACUCUGCGUCAAUUUGCGGUCGCAAUCACAGAUAUCCAAGCCAUGAAAUCUCAAGUGUUGACGUUGUGGCGGGAGGAAAUCAGUAUGAUGUUGCCUGACAUGUCGGAUGUUGAGGAUCCUGCUCUUCCCGAAGAUGCCCUUGAGCACGUUCUGUCAACCAUCACUUCCAUAGUCCCAUCACUAUCAGCACACAUAGUCGCAAUUCUGUCAAAACGUGCAUGUGAAGCACUUCUCCCUGUUCGCUCCAUACCUUCACAAUUCCGUGCAAUGUCGAACAAGCGGCCUCCGACGGAGCCAAGUUAUUUUGUCGCAUCCAUUCUGCGACCGUUAAAGACGUUCUUUGGGAUCGGUGCGGCCGAAGGUGUGGGCGAAGCGCUCACGCCCGACUAUUUGAAGCCAUAUGCGGAAGAGGUGUUCGAGGCUGUCGUUCAUAGAUACAUCUACUACAUCACAGCCAUGAAAAAGACGGAAGAAUCGUUGCGACGUCUGAAAAAGGGCAAGAAAGCCACAUCUGGCCUCUUUGGGACUACCUCUCUCUUCGGCCAGGCUUCUUCUGGGAAAGAGGAUGACAACAGGGACGAGGAGAGGAUUCGUACGCAGAUGAUGAUGGAUGUGGAAGCUUUUGGGAAGGAUGCCGAACUUCUCGACGUCGACGUCAGAAGAAAUUCCAGUUUCAUCUCGCUGGUCGAGAUGGUCCAAGUUAGUCUCGCAGAUGAAAAUUGAUACCCGCGAUCCCAUUGACAUGUUAGGUAUAUGACGCGUUUCGUGUAAUAAAUUGAAUUCAUCCAGG